GAUCUUAUUGACCAAUUAGCUAAAGAUAUAUACAAAGAUUCAAUCUUCGUGAAAGAAUAUCUUCAAUAUAAAAAAGAAGAAAAUAUUCAUCAAAUGAUAACUGAUGAAGAAAUUUUAAAAUUUCUGAAAGAGCCAGAAGAAGAUAUUGAAGAAGAAGUUGAAGUUCCCAUUAUUGGCAAUUAUGAAACAUUAGCAGCACUUGAAAAAAUAAUUAUGUAUGUUAAACAAAAAGCUGAAAAAAUUCAAUUUCAAAAAGACCAAAUUCGGGCAAUAAAAAAAUUGCGAAAGGCUAUAGAACGAGAAGAAUUUUGUUCCAAGCAAUAA